UGGGAAGAAUCGUGCCCCAUCAUUGGUGUCAGUGGGAAGAAUCGUGCCCCAUCAUUGGUGUCAUUGGGAGGAAUCGUGCCCCAUCAUUGGUGUCAGUGGGAGGAAUACUGCCCCAUCAUUGGUGUCAGUGGGGGGAGGAAUAGUGCCCCAUCAUUGGUGUCAGUGGGAGGAAUAGUGCCCCAUCUUUGGUGUCAUGGGGGGAGGAAUAGUGCCCCAUUGUUGGUGUCAGUGGGGGGAGGAAUAGUGCCCCAUCAUUGGUGUCAGUGGGGGGAAGGAAUAGUGCCCCAUCGU